GUUUAGACGAGAAACAGCGAUGUGAUUCUGACAUAAACAUUCUCAUUUUCAGACACAGGGAGUUAAAAAUCAAUGCACAAAGACACCUGAACACGCCGGAACAAUGCUCUAUGGUCACUGAUCAUCUCAUCAACACCUGUCUCCACGAUGUCUUCCCCCGAGGAGGAGGCUCCUGACCUGCAGCUACGUUUUGUGUUUGGGAACAGUGUUGUCAAACGGCAGAAUCCCCACAUUCUGCCUGAGGAUGAAGAGGCACAGGAACCCCCAGAACAUUAUUCAACUGAGACAUUAUGUCUGAGCAGAACGCAGCGGACGCAUGUCGCAGAAAGUAUUUUGAAAAAUAGCACGCUAAAGUAUUUAUAUCUUGAAGGCAACCAGAUAUCCAGUAUCCCAGAUUCAAUGUUCAUCCGCUUGCCCAACCUUCUGUGGCUGGACCUCAGAAAUAACCACAUUGCAUCGUUCCCUGCUGAAAUUGGCUUGCACAGGUCUCUGAAGACAUUACUUCUGGAGGGAAACCCCAUCUCUGAGCUUCCAGCUGAGAUGGGAAAUGUAAUUACCCUUAAAGGCCUUAACCUGAGGAACUGCCCCAUCACUUUCCCUCCACAAGACAUAAUAGACCAGGGGCUUCAGAGCAUCCUGCAGCACCUCCGCAGUGCAAUGGCUCAGCGGCCAGUCAGCACGAAGAAGAACCCCCUAGAGUUGCCAGUGGUGGAGAAGCUCCAGCUGUCGGAGCUGAUGGGGUCCAGCACCGAGGAGCAGGGUGAGUCUGUGGAUGAGGACGAGAUGAAGAGGUUCAGGGAAUUAAAACAAAAGAUGAUUCUGCUGGACAUAGCUGAGCUGGGCUCAACCGCUCAGGGCGAUGGAAACCAGAAGCCACCACUUCUUCCAAUCGUCAAAAGAAAAAAGGCCGCCAGCAAGGCCGCAUCAAUUCCCGAGCUUCCACUGUUUGACUCUCAGCAUCGGAAGAGACCAGAAAAGAGGAGACCGGCUGCAAUGAAAGAGCUGAACGAAAAACAGGCUAUUGUCGAGCAGAGGAGAAAAAGCCAUGACGCUCUUAACAAGUGGCGCACCGAAGCAAAGACCACACAGAAGAAGAAAAUGCCUGAGCAGAAGAAGCAUGCCGAACAAAGAAACCAAGAGGAAGCAGUAACAGAUUCAAAGCCCAGUGUGGAGGAUGGCAGUGGUUCUAGUAAGACACCAGGAAUGUCCAUCACACAGUUUGAGGAGACAAGAUCAGCCCGUGAGCUGGAGCAGCAGAUCUGUGCCCGUGUUGAGAAGAUGCAGGAGAGACGCAGGAAUCCCAGGGGCACGAUUUCCGAGCAGAUGGCAGUUGCAGAGAAGGACGUGGAGGAGAUGAGGAAGCUACAGGCUCAGCUUCUCCAGAGGAAGAAAAAUUGGGGAAUAGAUCUUCAGAAACAUUUUACUAUCGUCACUGGGGACAACUUGCCGAGUUUUAUUGACAAGUAACAGGGAUUUUAAUGCCUGUAUGGGUUUUGUGGUAUUACUUUUAUACUCAAAAUGUAUUGUAAAGACUAAGACCUUUGUUGAUGAUCAUUGCAAUGCUCAGAACAUACAAAUAAAGCAUUGUUACUGGCCAA